AGACAGUGUGUGUGUGAGAGCAGCCUGAGUGCCGCGUGGAUCUCUCCUCAAAAGCUCAGCAGCACAGGAAAGAGCGGGAGUGUUUCUGAAACAGAUUCACUGGAUACAAAACUUGCCAGAAUUCACCUCGGAGAAGAAAGAACAAUGUCAAGUGCUAUCAUGAGACGAAGCUCAAGCAAGCAAGGUUUGCAGAAUCUUCUGAGAGUAACGGCUCAACGAAGUAUGGAAGAUGCUGAGGAGAUUGAGAGAGAAAGGCGCCGUCGUGCCCGGGAGGCUUUCCGAAAUCAGCACAGCCUGUCUGGAUCUGCUGGAUCCCCUCAGGACAGCGCAAACCCACCUGAGGCCAGCCUCUUUGAAAGUGAAUUCAAACCCACCAGUCCCAUUGCUCUGGAUGAGGAUGAAGGUUUUAGCGACUGGACCCAGAAGCUGGAACAGAGAACACGGCUCAAAAUGGAAGAGACGGCCAAUGGAGAGAAGUUGCAAAAGGAGAAGAAAAAUGUAAACACAAGACCUAAACAAAUAGAGAAGAGCAGUUAUACCAGCUCUGUAGAGCAUCAUCAAACUCAGGACAGAGGAGAAGAGAAGAAACGUCCAGACAGUAUCACUAAGAAUCCAGUGGAGAUCAGUGAGAGGCUGAACUCUCAGAGACCAGAGGAUUGGCUUGACCACAGCAAAAGAAGACCAGAAAUAAACCCCCCAACGGAGAAUAAGAUUAAAGAGGAGAGGAAGGAGGUGAAGGUUUCAUACACAUCCAAAGUCUUUCUACAGCAAGAGAGGAUUCCUAAUGGCAAAGCAGAGGCAGCGCCAGAGGAAGCGACAUCACAUCCAGUCAAAACCAAAAGAUCACCUAGCAGAAUUGUAGAUACCAAUCAGGCCUUUGAGAAUAAGAAAGACACGCAUGGUGGCCUGGAGACAGAGCUGAAGCUUGAGAAGAUUAGACGUAGCCAUCAGGAAAAAGAGAAUCAGGAAAUGGAGCAUCUACGGCAGCGCCAAGCCGAGGCUGAGCUAGAGCUGGAGGAACUGAAGAAGAAGAGAGAGGAACGGCGCAAAACCCGUGAAGAAGAAGAGCGGAGGAGAGAGGAAGAGGAACAGCAGAAACAAACCAAAAAAGAGGAGGACAAAAGACAGAUGAAGGAGGACAUCGAGAGGAGGAGGAUGGAAGCAGUGGAAAAGAGGAUGAAAAAUAUUAAUGUCUCUCCCACUGAUGGUGAUGAUCCAUUUAAUCCGCUGAACCCCAUGAGUCCAACAUUCAAGAUAACUGAGAGGACAGAAUCCCUGAAUCGCUCUUUAAAGAAGAGUAACAGUUUCAAGAAGACACAGAGACCUGUACUGCUGCCCAAGAUUGAUGACAAGCUGGAACAAUACACACAUGCCAUCGAGAUCUCUUCUAAAGAAGCAAAAACACCUAAGUCAGCAGUAGUGGACAUGCCCUGUGUCUCUGCUCCGGUGGCCUCCAAAAAAAAUCUGUUUGAAGGAGGGGAAGCCUGGGGUCAAACCAGUCUAAAGGGAACACCUUCUAAGGAUGCCGACUGUGUAAAAGUAGGUGUAGCGAACCUGAUCAACCAUUGGGUAAAAGGAAGUCCGGAAGGUGGGAACAGACACUCCCCUUCUGCACCAUCUGAUGUCAAAUCUGGAGGUGUUAUGCGGAAAAAGAACAUGUGGGAAAUUAUCGGAGAAGGUUCUGCAGCGGAGAGAUCAGGUCUGGGAGGAAAGGUCUCCUCCUCGGGCAAACGGUACAAGUUUGUUGUGACAGGCCAUGGCAAAUAUGAAAAAAUUCCCGGUGAUGGUGAUCAUUACAGUGCUUACCCAAAUGGAAAAUCAAGUGACUUAUCCAACGAUGACUUGUGAAGAAAACAUGAUUCACAAAGAACAUACAUUAACAUAUAGAUUCAAUCGAUUAAGGAAGAAACAGUUGCAUUGCAUUUUAUUUGGAUUUCUGUCUUUAAUUUCUGAUGAUGAAAGCAGGAUGUAGAAAUGUUUGUCACAUUUACAAUGCAAAAAACAAACUUAUUGUCAGAUAUCUGAUCAAAUUCCACAGAAUAUAAACUUGUGGUUUCUCUUUUUCUCUGAAUUUUUCUGCAGUAUCUGUGCUGAUAUGCUCAUAUUAAAGAUGUAUGUUAGUAUGAGCUGAAUGUGAACAUCAAAUAGAUACAGCAAUUACCAUAUUUGUCAUGUUUUUAUAUUGAUUACUUAUGCUAUUUUUAUACUUUGACCAUUUGUGUUUACAUUUAUAUAGGCUUUGAUACAAUUAAAUACAAUUAAAUAGUAGAACAAUCCAACACAAGUCAUUCUUGCAUUGUAUUCUAAGUCAUUAUCAAUCUUUGUUUUGCCUUGUCUUGUUAUAUAAUUGUCUUAUCUCUGCUCUUGUUCGUCAUUGUAUUGUGUAAUCAGCUACACAUUUUGUUUUUCAAGAAAACACUGGAAUUAGUCCAUUUAUCAUAUUUAUAUUAUUAAUAUAAACCUUUGUUUGUCCAAUUAAAAGCUUUUUUCUACAGAUCGGUAUUGAGAAUGGUUAUAAUAAGAAUGUGAUUUGUAGCCCACUAUCGCUUGUUAUUUUCAAUAAAUUUGAU